AUGCCUCGUCCCCGAAGGCCUGGUGCGCCAGAGCCGAAGAGGAGAAGCCGAAAAGGUUGUUGGCCGUGCAAAGCACGCAAAGUCAAAUGCGGAGAAGAAAAGCCAUUAUGUCUCAAUUGCCAACGACAAGGAGAGGUGUGUGACUAUAGCGUCCGCCUCAAUUGGGGUGGCCGGACCAAACGAACGUCCGUUGACUCCCCCAGUUCCCAGUCAAGUGGAUACGCAGGGACAAUUAUGUCUUUCUCCGAUGCAACGCCAACAAGCAAUGUGAACUCUACUUCUAUGCCAAUGUCAGCAAACAGACAUUCAGUGGAUGGCUUCGUCAACGUUCACUCUGGUGAUUUGGGUUCCCCUGGGGCCAUGUCGCCGCCACCACUUGGCAUAUUUGAGUCGCCCAAGCCGCCAGUAGGACCAGAGGGUGGAAAUUCACCAGACCGAGCCGAUACUCACUUCCCAUCCACCUGGCCGGAACAAUCUCCCCUGACAUCUCCAGUGUCGUCGGGCCCUCUAGCACAUUAUCCUUUUGGUUCGGGGUUUCACGGUACUUUCUCAGCGGCUGCUGAUCAAGGUGUAGGCCUUCGGUCACUGUCGGCCUUUGCAUUUCAUUCGAACUCGGUAUCACAGCCCGUAUCAUUUCUUCGAAAUACCGUCGAUGAUUUAAGACAUGCAUCUAAUCACAAUGAAGGCUCGCACGGUUCCAAUUCCCAGGAUGAGCACAGUAUGGGAUACUCGAUCGACGAAAUGGUACAGCAUAAUCACCACUCUCCGGGCAUGCCGAAUGAUGGUGGUAUCUCGUCCUUGAUGCUCGGGUCGCAUGACCCAGUGGCCCGAAGCAAUGUGGCUUCGUCUCCUGGGGAUAGAAUGACGACGUUUGACCAGCCGGCAGAGGCGACAUCGAAUGAUCGCAAAGAUGAUGAUCAAGCUGCACGCGAAUCGUUUGCAGCCCAGAGCAGAUGGCAAGCUUACCUCACCAGUGUGACGGACAACUAUGGAUUUGAUUCCGGGCGGCCAGAUCGUGAUGUAGCAUUAAAUAACGACCAUGCCGCAAUUGAUGUCAAUUCGUCCUUCGGUCUGACUGGCACACGGGGGCACUCCGAAGAUGGGUCACCCAAAGGCUAUUGCACGCCGUCUGAACUCCAGAACACCGAUCUCAGUGGGUAUUAUGUCGUGCCGGUGCCAAUCAACAUCCCAAGAUAUCUUUCUCCGCUGCCAUCAUCUUUGCUGGGUAAUCCGAUCAAUCUGAUGUACUUUCAUCACUUCAUCAAUCAUACGUCUCGAAUGUUAGUCCCUCAUGACUGUGACAAUAACCCGUUCACGUCAGUCCUGCCCUCAAUGGCGAUUGGCGACCCCAAUUUGCUCAAUUUGUUGUUGGCGUACUCAGCCAGUCAUCGUGCGCGGUAUUUAGGGCAUCCCGAACCGGCCAAUCGAAUUGCGCACUGGGUAAGUGAUGUCUUUCCAACUCUGCGUGUGGCAUUGGAAGCAUCCCAUGAGGAAAUUACCGAUAGUCACUUAGCUACCGCAAUUCUGCUCUUGUCCUUGAAAAUUGUGUCCCCAGGAACAUUCGAAGUUCCCAUCACAUGGCAGAGUCAUCUCAAACUUGCCCGGGAGUUAUUCAUUGCGCGGAGUGAUCGACUCGGUCGGUCUGGUAAUCGAAUUGGCGCAUUCUUUGCCCGUUGGUUGGGGUACAUCGACACCGUUGGUGCAUUGUCCUGUCGUCAAGCCGGUCGACCGCUAAUGCUGUAUCAUUCUGUUCUUGAGGCCUGUUCGAAUCCAGAGAGCUAUGACGAGUCUAGCGUGGACUGCUUCACAGGAUUUACUCCUCGUACUGGAUUGUUCCUCAUCCGCCUGGCAAAGCUGGUCCAGGAAUGUGAUAAUCAGCGUUUUGACGAGCUGGGCAACUUCCGCCGGGGAUGGCACCCAUCUGCGGACAUGGUCCUUCAAGCUCAAGCCGUGCUAGGAGAUCUAGAUGCACUAACGGAUCAUGCCCAUGCUGACCCGGAUCACCACCAGGGACUCGAGGCCCAGGAUAUGAUGGCAACGGAAGAGGCCUUCCGAUGUGCUGGUCUCAUUCAUCUUCAUCGCCGUGUGCUUGGGUCUUCAACAGAUUCGUUCCCGGUUAAAGAGGCCCUUCGACAGCUGAUUGAUGCACUCGGACGUAUGAGACUCGGUGCCUCAACCGAGGUUUGUUCGUUGCUUCCGUUGUUCACGGCGGGUUGCGAGUCUCGGGACCCAUCGCAACAGGCCAGAAUCCUAAACCGGUUCCUGGUGUUAGAGAAAUCAGGGAUGAAACAGAUUCAAGAUGCUCGCCAGUUAAUGCAGCGGUGUUGGGAAGAAAACCUUCCCUGGGUUGCGUUGGCCGGCGGAGAGUUCUUCGGAUAG